UUUUCAGCUGAAGUGAUCCCGUACCUGGCCACGUGGCAAAUUUAAGCUUAAUUCUUAGCUUUUGUUCAAAAGAGCUUUAACAUCAAAAUCUGCCACUAUUUAAACCAAGAUAUUGUUGUGUGAAGACUAUCUAUGCUGUAAACGCAGUGCUAUGGCAUCUAGCUGAAAGAAAACACUGCCGGACAAAAACAACGUAAGUUCGGACAGUGCUGAUAUUCUCACCAGUAAGGACUCCUGUGAAAAUGUAAAAACUGAGGACUAUAGCGGAACUCUUUAGCUAGCUGCAGACCAAAAAUGAAGCUCAAACUCCUAUCAGGCUCUGCAGUUAAACUGGUAAAGAUCUUGUGACUGUCUGUUCUCAUGAUUCCCAGGAACAAGCUGUGGACCAUGAAAAGAUAUUAUAUUAUGUAUUAUGACUUACCUCUUUUAAUUUUUCCUCCUAGAAUGUUAGGGUCCAGUGUAAAAAUAGCGUCUGAGAAGAAGAUGCGGGCUGAAGCUAACUCAUAGGAAUAGAUAAUCUUAAGUGUCAACUUGUUCCCUUCACAUUUCCAGUCAAGGACACUGUGGAAAUUAAGAAUGUUCCCAUGUGUUAUACACCACAUCUCUGGGAGAAGAUCCAAUGAUGAUGAUGAGAGAAGAGUGCACCGGCUUACUUGGCAUGAAGGGAAGAUACCUGCUGACGAGAUCUGGGUCAAGUUGGGAGGAGAUAAGGGAGGAGGGAGUUUUAAGAUGGCUCCCGACAACGUUACCAACCUGAAGAUCGCACUACAGAGGUUCGAAGAUGAGGUGGACAGCCUACAGAGCAAGACAUGGAGAGGAAAGACAAUCCGAGUAUUCCUUAGCGGGGAUUAUGAGUUCCUGUGUAACAUAUAUGGGCUGUCAGGUGCUUCAGGUCGGCAGUGUUGCUUGUGGUGCUUGACAACAUCAGAACAGCUAAGGAACCCACCCACUACUGUUCAAAGCAGAAGCACUGCCAGUAUGGUCACAGACCACCACAGCUUCAUUGCAGCCGGAGGGAUCCUAAAGAACGUCAAAAACUUCAACAAUUGUGUUCGGGAACCUUUUUUCAAAUGCAUCCCUUUGAAUCAAGUUUGCCCUCCAGGACUGCACAUCAGUUUAGGGAUAUUUUACCGGCUCUUCCAAUUGAUGGAGGAUGAAUGUCGUGCGCUUGACAAUGCAGUCUUAUGGUGUGAAGAUAGUCGCGAGAGGGGUGGCCCUUCAUACUCAAACUUCAUGAGUGACUCUGUGAGAGAGAGAGCCCUCAAGGAUGAGCUAGACAGGGUAAACGAAGAAGUGGCUCAACUCAAUGACCUGGUGGCCUUGCUCUGUGUGUUUGGUGAAGGUGAGGAGGAAGACGAUCCUCGACUCUCAGCACUCCGCUCAGAAUUUGAGGAGAAAGCUUCGCACGCGAAGAAGCUUGAUGCUGAGUGGACUAAGAUUAACGAGAAAACAGCAAAAGGGUACAAGAAAGAGGAUGGACCUUUUGUUAAGGCUCUAGAUGCUGCUCUAGAAGACUUCAAUGUUCGGAGACAAACGUACUAUGGUGGCACAUUUGUGGGAAAUCACGUAAACCGGACCCUCCAGGUGAGGAACAUUGAGAAACUCGCAAUACCGUUGUACUCAGAGCAAGCAGUUAUGAGCCGUCCAUAGUUACGAGUGCUGAGAAGAUCCAGCGGAAGUUUUGUGUCACCCUAACUCUAUUCAGCAAGUGUCACAAUAAUUAUAUAUAAUCAAAAUAUGAUCACACAGGAGGAAAUUGCUUCCCUAGAUACUCCCAUCUCCACCUUUAUGACAUUUUAUCGGGAGCAAUUUCCUCAAGCAACCGUCAUACCAAAGAUGCACAUGCUAGAGAAGCAUGUGGUUGAUUGGCUGGACCAGUGGCAGGUGGGAAUAGGACUCAUGGGAGAGCAAGGGGCUGAGGCGAUCCACGCCUAUUUUAACAAUUUGAAAGUUACGUAUCGCAACAUUCCAAAUGGUGUGGAGAGACUCCGAUGUAUGAUGAAACAGCACUAUGUUUACAUAGCACCAUCCACCAUUGCAUGCAGACCUCCACCUGUAAAGAGGCAAAAGAAGAACGAUAACUGAUUUUAUUUAUUUGAUUCCUCUACAACAUGAUUGUGUACAGACAAGAAAAUACAUGUUAAAAAGUGUUGCUUUGAAAUAGUUAAAACUCACUUACACAAAAAUUUUGUUCAAUUUAA